GCGUCAUCUAUCUGCACGAGGCAAUACGCGGCCAUCAAUGCUCGCCUCAGUCCCGUAUUCACCUCCUCUAACUAAAGCAGCACGACAAAUAACCCUCGCAACGCUCCACAAUGGUCACCACCUCUUCCGAGUUCCUCUAUCACCCGCUGUCAGAAGAUCAGGUGCCAAAGGACAGCAUCGAAUUCGACACAUCAGCGCCUCUACCCAAGCGCAUGGAGCACGUGAUUCUCCGCGUUCAAGACGAGAUCUGUGCCGGUAUUGAGGCAGUCGAUGGCAAGAAGUUUCGCACAGACAAAUGGGAGCGCGAAGGCGGAGGUGGCGGCCGCAGUCGCAUCUUACAAGACGGGAACGUCAUGGAGAAGGCCGGUGUGGCCGUGUCCAUCAUCAAUGGCACGUUACCCGCUGCCGCUGCACAGCAAAUGACGCAGCGCAACGCCGAGCUUCCGCCCGGAAAGGAUCUCCCGUUCUACGUGUGUGGCAUCAGCCUCGUAAUGCACCCGCGCAACCCCAUGGCACCCACAAUCCACCUCAACUACCGGUACUUCGAGAUCGAGGUCGGUAAGGACGAGCAGGGUAAUCCAAAGAAGAUUGGCUGGUUUGGCGGAGGUGCCGACCUGACCCCGAGCUUCCUGUUCGAGGAGGACGCUCGCCACUUCCACACUGUCUACAAGACGCAGCUAGAUAAGCGAGACCCCACGUGGUACCCGAAGAUGAAGAAAGCUUGCGACGAGUACUUCUACAUUGCUCACCGUAAGGAACACCGCGGCAUUGGUGGCUUCUUCUUCGACGAUCUCACCGACACGUCCGAGGAGACGUUCCAGUGCAUCCGAAAUUGCGCCAACUCAAUGUUGGACGCUUACAUUCCCAUCCUGAAGCUCCGCAAGGACAUGCCGUUCACUGAGGAACAGAAAGAGUGGCAACAGAUCCGCCGUGGACGCUAUGUUGAGUUCAACAUCAUGUACGACCGCGGUACCAAGUUCGGAUUGCUGACUCCGGGCUCGCGUGUUGAGUCGAUCAUGAUGUCGCUGCCUCUGACUGCCCGUUGGGAGUAUAUGCACUCACCAAAGGAGGAUUCAUGGGAGGGCAAGACCUACGAAGUGCUCAAGCAUCCCGUAGACUGGCUGAAGGUGGAGUCGGAGCCUUAAGCUUUGCCAUGACAGCAGUCGUUGGCAUAUUGACCAGACUCGAGUUAUGCUGGCCGAGCUCGCUUGAAAAGUUAGAUAUUCGUUCGUGUGUGUACAUAUCGACCAAUGCAAACCAAAGUAAGAAAUACCCUGUAGUUAUUGGAGUUCUCUCUAAGGUAGCUCCAAUAACUACAGAGUAUUUCUUACUUUGGUUCCCUCUAAGGUAGGUUGGCUA